AUGAACCGGAGUUGGGGGUGGCAGAAAGUGGGGCUGGUGGUUUGGAUUGCUCUGGUGCUGGCUUUGGCCGCCUGCUGCGUGAGUGCCGCCCCCAAGGCGGGCCUCGCCCCCUUGGCCUACUCCGCCCCCCUGGUGGCGGCCGCCCCCGUGUCCUACGCCGCCCCCGCGCCGGCUGUCGUUACGGCGCACAGCUCGCAGUACAUCGCUCAGAACUUCAACGGACUCGCCGUGGCCGCCGCCGCCCCCGUUGUCGCCGCCGCCCCUGCAGUUGCUGCAGCGUACCACGCCGCCCCUGCUAUUUUCGUCUAGUGAUGGCCGUCUCCCUGCUACUCUGACAAUCCAAAUAAAACUAUUUC